GUUUUAUGCAUUGCAUCAUACACGUGUAUGCUAUAAGAACAACUAUGCAGGAGAAAGGAAGAGCUUUGUGUGUUGUAGAUUGAUCUCCGAUUUAGCAUUUUAUUUUGUUUUGACCUAUGUGUGUAUAUGUAUAUACAUACAUAUACUUUGCCUGGUGCAUGGUUCAUUCUGUGAUCAAAAUUUCGCUGUUCGAAAUCCUAUGAUUGCUGAAAAGGAAGGAGUUUAAAGGAAUAUGCAAGUGCUGCAAUCUGGUGUUUCUUUUAUGAGCAUCCACAUGCUUGUUCCAUGAUGAUUGGGUUUCAGAGUAGUUCGUAUGUUGCGAUAGUUGUUCUACUUAUGUGGACUGACAUGGAACAAUAAUAUAUAUUUUAUCGAAGAGUCUAUGUAGCAUGAUUUUUGGAAGAUAUGCUUUCUUUUCCUUCGCAAUAAGAUGUUCUUGUUCAGUAUGGGAAAAAGAAAAGUUAUGUGUUGAAAUGUAUGGUUACAGAAUCUUCCUUUCAGUCCUGCUCUUGCUUUUUGUUCAACAUUUGACCUCCUCCUCCUGAAUGCGGCAUAGUUCUACUUUGUUUUCCCCAAGACAUGCUUUCAUUAUGGAUCUGCUAGUGGUACUUCACCAGCUGGUGGAAGAAGAAAUCACAUGAACCACCAGAGGUGCCUUAUUCUAAAGGCAUGGUGUGGUGGAAGGAAGCUGGUGGAAUAUACACUUUUUCUAUACAAACCACAUGAAGUCUAUUCUCAUCAUUCUUUGCUCAUUGUAUCAACUUAGCUAAAAUAGGAAUUAUUUUAAUAUAAAAAUCGACAAAAAGAUUAAUCAAGUACACCUUAAUAUCUAAGCCAUCCACCUAUUAAGAUCUCUUAUAUAUUGCAAACCAUCAAUUACCUUUCGUAUUCUGUCACACCAGUAGGCUUAGUUCUUCCUCUCUUGCCACAAUAUCUUGAUUGUUGCGUAUGUAUCAUCUAGGUAAUGUUACUUUAGAUGACUUGUUUGACCAGGAACUAGCUUUAACUAGUCUAUAUUGCUUACAAGGAGUCAAUAGUUGUUGCUGAAAGAAUUAUUUGCUUCCUACCAUGCUUUCACUAACUUGAAUGUGGCUUGUUUAUGAUCUAGAUUCAUAAAUGGCAUGAUAGUUUGAGAUAGUUGAGAAGUCUAACCAGGAGAUAGGGUAUCCGACUAGUUCUUGUGAGAACCAAGGCUUUGACUUUGCCAAAUUGCAUAUGCUGUUUUAUUUGACCCUUGUGUCUGGUUUAUAUAUAUGUAUUUGUUACAUGCAAAUGUAUCAUCAUAAUCUCCCUGAGGGAGAAACAACUGAAGUUUACUGUUUCAAACAAGCAUUUAGCAUCUUUCUUCUGGGUAUGGCCGUUGUGUGGUAAUUGUUAUGUAUUUGUGUUUUAUGCCAUUUUGCUUCUAGGAACCUAUAACAUGGUAGAUGAUAGAUCAACUCAUUGGUUUAUUUGAUUGGGUUGGAGUUUGGUAUACUAAUCUGCAUAUGGUUAAUUCAUAACACUUGUUUCGAUACCUCUGCAUUUGAUGCACUAGAAAUGGAACCACAUAAUAUCACUUUUGAUGAAAAAUAUUUUGGUGUCAGUGUCUGUAUGAAUAUCAACAACUACUUCAUUGAUAUGUGAUCACAGACUAAAGGUUGCUCCUCUCGAGUUCGUCACUCCUGCUGCUAUAGAGAAACAAAACAAUGAUGGUGCACUCUGUUUCUGAUGGAGUUGGAGACAUUCAUCUCAAGACUGACAACCUUUCUUCCACUGACGGUCAGACAGAAAAUUACAAAUCUGUUUACAAGGUUGGAUUGCCCCCUCGGAGGAACUUCAUCAGAGAGUUUGCCGAUGCUGUGAAGGAAACACUAUUUGCAGAUGAUCCUUUACGCCCUUACAAAGAUCAACCCAAGUCAAGAAAGCUGCUACUAGGCCUUCAGUUCCUGUUUCCAGUCCUUGAGUGGGGCAGAUACUACAAUCUUAGUAAGUUUAAAGGAGAUGUUAUUGCUGGAUUGACAAUUGCUAGUCUCUGUAUCCCUCAGGAUAUUGGGUAUGCUAAGCUUGCUAACAUGGAUCCAAAAUAUGGCCUCUACUCCAGUUUUGUUCCACCUCUAAUAUAUGCAGUAAUGGGUAGCUCUAGGGAUAUUGCCAUUGGACCAGUAGCAGUUGUUUCUCUGUUGCUUGGGACCCUACUUCAGAAUGAAGUAGAUCCUUUGAACGAUAAGGAAGAGUACCGGCGGCUUGCAUUCACAGUUACUUUCUUUGCGGGUGUCACCCAAGCAACUCUGGGCUUCCUGAGAUUAGGCUUUCUCAUCGAAUUUCUUUCUCAUGCUGCCAUUGUGGGGUUUAUGGGUGGGGCUGCCAUUACCAUUGCUCUUCAGCAGCUGAAAGGAUUUCUUGGAAUUAAGAAUUUUACCAAGAACACAGAUAUCAUUUCUGUAAUGAAAUCUGUUUGGGGUUCAGUUCACCAUGGGUGGAAUUGGCAGACCAUAUUGAUAGGGACAAUCUUUUUGGCAUUCCUUCUAUUUGCUAAGUACAUUGGAAAGAAAAGGAAGAGUCUCUUCUGGGUACCUGCAAUUGCUCCUUUGAUAUCUGUUGUCUUAUCCACGCUCUUAGUAGAUUUAACCCGGGCUGAUAAAUAUGGUGUCCAGAUUGUGAAAAAAAUAGAUAGAGGAAUCAACCCAUCAUCUGUUGGUCAGAUUCACUUCAGUGGUUCCUAUGCUCUCAAAGGAUUCAGAAUUGGAGUGGUUGCUGCAAUGAUAGCUCUCACGGAAGCAAUAGCCAUUGGAAGAACAUUUGCCGCCAUGAAGGACUAUCAACUGGAUGGAAACAAGGAAAUGGUUGCUUUAGGAACCAUGAACAUAGUUGGUUCGAUGACAUCGUGCUACGUAGCAACAGGCUCUUUUUCUCGGUCAGCUGUCAAUUUCAUGGCUGGCUGUAAAACCAGUGUGUCCAAUAUGGUUAUGUCACUAGUAGUGAUGCUUACCUUGCUACUGAUCACACCCCUCUUCAAGUACACUCCAAAUGCGAUACUUUCUUCCAUUAUUAUUUCGGCAGUGAUCAGUCUCAUAGAUUAUGAAGCGGCAUAUCUUAUCUGGAAGGUUGACAAAUUUGACUUCAUUGCAUGCAUGGGGGCAUUCUUUGGUGUUGUCUUUGUCUCUGUUGAAAUUGGCCUCUUGGUUGCCGUCUCCAUAUCACUUGCAAAGAUCCUUCUGCAAGUAACAAGGCCAAGAACAGCUUUACUUGGGAAUCUUCCUGGAACAACGAUAUACAGGAACAUGGAACAGUACCCAGAGGCAACCAAGGUCCCAGGAAUUCUGAUAGUGAGAGUUGAUUCUGCAAUCUACUUCACAAACUCUAACUAUGUCAAGGAAAGGAUCCUAAGAUGGUUAAGAGAUGAAGAAGAGCAACUAAAAGCGAACGAUCUACCUCAAAUAGAUUUCUUGAUAGUUGAGAUGUCACCUGUGACAGAUAUUGACACAAGCGGUGUUCAUGCAUUCGAAGAACUUUAUAGGAGUCUCCGAAAGCAUGAAGUCCAGCUAGUUCUUGCGAACCCUGGCCCAGUGGUGAUUGAGAAGCUCUACUCGGCAAAGUUCCCAGAGCUCUUAGGUCACGACAAGGUAUUCCUCACAGUUGCAGAGGCAGUGAUGACCUGCACUCCGAAGGCAAGAGAAGAUGUGUGAGGUAGAUAGCGAGAAGUCUGCUUGCCACGCAAUAGCUCAGAGCAUGUAAGCAAUCGAGACGAAGGCGAAAGCAGAUUUGCAUGUGUGUAAGAAAGAGUUCAUAUGAACCGGAGAACAAGUGGUAUGGAAGAGCUCAUAAUUAAUUGAUCUUACAGAAAAACGAGUUGCAAUGUAUAAAUGCAACCUCGUUUCACAAAGGAUCAUGUUCUGAACUUGUUUGAUGCUUACAGUACAAGUCUAGUUCUUUCCAUGGA